AGACCUUCAGCGACGAGCCGAGAAAAAAUUUAUUGUGAUAUAUCAGUUGGACCAAGGAAAAUCUUAUUGCUGCUAGGCGUUUAGUCAGUUUAUAAAUACACAGAAUGAUAGCUGAAGAUCUUAUAUGUGAUUUCAAUGUCAGUCCAAAGUUAAAGACAGUGACUCCAGAUACAAAUACCAGUUUUCUGGAUGCGCCUGUCUGGCUAACAGAAAACUAUCUACAGGAUGCAUUGCGUAAAUUCUAUAACGAUCCGAAGCUAAGGAUUACCGCCGUGGAUGGUCGUCCUGCGCUGGGACGUGGCGAAAACUACGGCGGAGUUCUGACUCGCAUUAAGGCGGAAUUUACGAUGCGCGAUGGCAGCUCAAAGAUUGGUCAUUAUAUAAUCAAGACCUCAUUCGAAGGCGAUGAAUUCGCACGCAAAACGAUGGAACCCUAUGAUAUAUUCAAUCGUGAAAUGUCCAUCUAUGAACAGAUACUGCCCAAGCUUAAUGCGAUGCUGCUGGAAAUUGAGGAUGAGGAAAAAAUAUUUGCAGAAACAAUGGCUGUUGAUUAUGAUCGGUCUGCGUUGAUCUUUGAGGAUCUCAGUGCGCGUGGUUUUGUGAUGCCGGAUCGUUUGGUGGGCCUGGAUCUGCCAUUGGCGCGAAUGGUGCUGCGCAAGUUGGCCAAGAUGCAUGCCACCUCGGCGGUUCUCAAUGAGCGAGAGUGUGGCGCCCUCGAGGGCUAUGAUCGUGGCUUGUUCAAUCGUCAUACGGAUAAUUAUGCACCUCUUUAUCUGGGCAUGUUCCAAGCGACCAGCAGAUGUGUGUCUCAAUUGGCUGGCUAUGAGGAAUAUGCAGAGAAAUUGGAGGCACUGCUCCCUGCCUACAUGGAGCUGGGCAAACGUGUGUUUGAUAUCAGUCCGUGUGUUAAUGUCUUGGCUCAUGGUGAUCUCUGGACAAAUAAUAUUCUUGUCAAGUACAGCAAAGAAACUGGUCAGCCCGAAGAUGUCAUCAUCAUUGAUUUCCAAUAUGCUGCCUGGGGCUCGCCGGCAAUUGAUUUGUUGUACUUUUUGAAUUCGUCGUUGCAGUUGGAUUUCCAUUUACAUCAUCAGGAGCAGCUAAUUAAGCAUUAUUUUGACAUCUUCUCAGAUACGCUGAGGAAAUUGCGCUUUAAGGCGCACAUUCCCAGUUUGCACAGUUUUCAUUUGGAGCUGAAGAAGAAGUCAUUCUAUGCUAUGCACACAAGUUUUUGUAUCUUUCCCAUUCAGCGAAAUGUGGAAAAUGAGGAUGCGGAUUUUAACGCUUUGAUGGAGACAAAUCAGCGAGCACUUAACUUUAAGAAUGGGUGUUAUCGGAAUCCAGCAGCACAGAGGGUGUUACGUGAACUAUUACCUGUAUUUGAUUCUGAAGGUUUGCUGGAUGCAGAUCAGUAAUUGCGCUUAAGUAAAUCCAUUUAAUACGCUUUUUAUCAAUUCUACCAUGCAUAUACUUUUUGGAAAUAUACUUCUUAUUACUUAAUUCUGUAGGGUAACUUCAUAAUAAUGAUUUAAUCUUCAUCAUAUAUACCCCAAUUAUACCAUUUCAUAUUAUUAAUAAAAUAACUUCAUAACAAGAAAGCAAA